AUGUAUGAGCCGCUUUACUUCGCAUUUGACGCUUACCCAGCUGUGGUCCCUCGCGUGCGAGUACGAGGUGUCAUGGCUCUCUUCCUUGCCGUCUCGAUAUUAUGGGCUCUGAUCUGGCUUCUGUACCGUGCAUGGCAGGUCUGUCAAACGUCAAAUGAGGUCUUGGUCGAGAAGCUCGGUCUAGACAUUCCUCCGCCGCCAGAGGUCACACUCGAGGAAAUCACUGCCCGUGAGAUUCGCCUUGCUUGGAAGCAACCGGACUUUCACAACUCAAUACACAAGCAUAUCAUUCAGGUCAACAAUGUCAAAGUUGGUGAAUCCAAACGAGCAGAGACAGCGGUGGAAAUCUCCAACUUACUGCCUGGGAGUAUUUACCAUAUCUGCGUGCUUUCCCUCAGUGCCGCCAACUUCCAAACCCCCAGUGCGAUCCUCCAUGUCCGAACCAAGUCCCUUCCGCUUUCUCAGGCCCAGCAAAACGGCAGUGCCGGAGGCCCAAUCGUCCGCGCCUCGAUUCCCAGGUCGACAGUUGGCUUGCCAACCCCUUCCGCUCCGAUAAUGUCUCGCGAACACAGCACCGGUCAGCUACCCGGCAAAAGGCCUUCCGCCGGGCGAAAAAUCUCUCCCGCUGCCGGAACGCUGGAAACUGCACACGGCAACUUUGAAGAGAACUUCAAAAGCAGAGCCCAGACCGCCAAGGAUGAGACCUUAGAGCAAUUGGCAGAUCGCUUGAAGGCAUUGCAGCAUGAAAACGAGAGCGUGGAGAAGCAAGGAACAGAGGAAGAAGACGAGCACAUUGCACUGCUGAAGGACUUGGAAAAGCAACGCAGCGAACUCAGGAAGCGUGUACGGGAGAAGGAUGAGGCUAGUGGUGAUUUGAAGAAGCACGUCUACAAGCUCGAAAGUGUCAAUCGGACAGUGCAGGGUGAAAAGUCAAAACGCAUGCGACUCCUUCAGCAGAAAGAGGCGGAGCGCAAGAAACGCAAGACCGACAUCCUGAGAUGGCAGGAGAAGAUUGCGCGCAUGGAAUCCGAUGCCGAGCAGGCAAAGGGGGACAAGUCCAAAAUCGAAGUUGAAGGGACUGAGCGCGCAGACGAAGUCCGGGAAAAGAUCGCCAAAGAGCAGCAAGAGAUGAAGAUGAUUGACGACGAGAUUCAGGACAAGGGAGGCCGAGUCAAGAAGCUCGAGGAGGAGAGAAUGGGGUUGCAGGACGGAGACAGUGAGGACGGGAAGGAGCUGGAUCGAAUUGACAAUGAGCGAGCUCGGCAAUGGGAGCACAAGUUGGGCAGUUUGCAUGCACGAUAUGCCACCCUGGUCAAUCUUCAUGCGCAAGCUCAGCAGCAAUAUCAAGAAGCGCAAGAACGCCUGAAAUGGCUGACAGCUCAGCGGCCGGGCAGCUCAGGUGCUUUCGCGCUGCCAUCUUUAGACCUUGAUAUGUCCAACCCCGGUACUACUAUUCGACCCCGUCGUCAUCGCAGCUCGCUCGUCAGCAAUGUCUCCUCUCCACUGAACUUCCCGGGUAUCGACACUUCAUUCUCAAAUGGCCUCAGUUACAACCAGUCCAAUCACUCGCCUACUUUCCCUCCAAGCUCUGCCUUCUUCAACAUCAACAAUGGCAUGGCGCUCCCCGGCUUGUCUGACCCGCCGGAGGUCAUGCGCUCAGAUUCCGAAGUCACCUUCAACAAUCCGCAAAUGAGUCCGCGUGCGGAUGCUUUGUUACCAUCCGAUCUCCUCGGUGACGAGGAGCUUGCGGACUUCCCAAGACCGAUAACUCGUCCACGAUUCGCGACCAUGGAUACAUCUACCAAUCCUCUUGAUAGCUUUGGUCACGGGCCAGUGUCGCCUGUCUCCUCGGACAGCCGAGCUGGUAGCAUUUUCGCAAGCCCUCUUGAAACCCAACCCCGACAGGAUGAAUCUCAAGGGGUUCAUUUAUCGGCUGCAGGGGAAGCCCCCAAGAGUGCAUCCCGCAGACUCUCCGGGCUCUUCAAUUUCCAUCGACCUCGUGGAAAGACCCUCGCAGACGAAUCACCUAUGUUGGGUACAUUGAAACCUGGACAAAGUCAAUCAUUCCCGCGGAACCCCGAUGAGCUGGACCCGAUCGGUGCCCGUCGCCGGCGGUCGAGCUACACUGGAAACUGGGCGAAUCCAAUGUCCCUGUUCCCUCGGAGCAACACAACUGGUGUUACCAUGGACAGCUCUUCAGACCAUGCACCUUCCCGGCGAGCCGCUUUCUCGAGUAUCUUUUCGUCGGGCAAGUUUGGGUUUGGCGGUACUGGCUCUCGUGGCAACUCUGACCUUAGCUCUGGGUACAACCAGUUUAGCCCUCGGCAUGAUCCUAUCGAUCCAUCGUCGCUUCUCGGCGGGGUACGACGUGGCUCUUUGUCUCCGCGACCUUCAUCUACUUCGUUUGACACCCAAAAUCAACUUCCUCACCCCUCGACAGACAACCGUCAUUUCGGAUGGCCGUCGAUGGAGAACGCCGGGCAUCGCAACAGCCCUCUUGGGUUUGACUGGGCUUCGCCAUCGACUUGGUCUCGAGCUCCCUCUCGACGACCUUCGAUCUCCUACGGGUCAUCCGGUCACCUUCCUUUAGGUCUGACGGGAGAACCAGAUUUCGUGGAAGACAACUUUGAGCGUCAUCACCGGCCACUCCAAGCACCAAUCGGUACUCGCCCUUCUUCUUCUCAUCGGCCACUGACCCCGAAGCUGAAUCCCAAUGCUCCGGCUUUCACGGCCGUCUUUGCUGGCGAGAACUCGGACAAGGAAGAGACAAAGGACAACGGGCCUGAAAGUCCAUUCCAAAUGCGCGAGUAUGACGGGUCGCCAUCCGAGCCUCGUACCUCCCGCUCCCUUUCGCACUUCACCGCUGAUUCUUAUGAGUCGCUGGAGCGUAUGCCAUCUGGAACUUCUGUAGACAACGCCUCCAAGGAAUCCUUCAUCCGCAAGAUCACCCGCAAGGGCAGCUCUAGCAAGUUCAGCUCGUGGAAAGACCGCUCAGGACUCUUCUCCAAGAAGGACACCUCUUCGCAAGGCGAUAUUGACGAGGACACUGCUAGCGAGGCACAGCUUGGAAAGAGUGUUGACAGCACUGUCUCGAGUGUCGCUUCCGCCGACCGUUCUACUCGGAGUAGUCUGGGGUUCUUUUCCCGCAAGUCUCGUCGAUCUGACAAGGCCAGUGAGACUAGUGAGCGAGCCAGUGAAACUGGUGACGAGGAGAUUCCAGAAGAGGUUGAAACCUCAUGA